AUGAGGGUGCGCCUCCACAGCCGACCAUAUGGUCAAGUGGUCAAAUUCAUCUGCGUUCCAACUGACCUUUUCUCUCGACACCUCUCCCCUUCCGGCAGACAGACCCGCGGACCGACGGAGUAGUCCAGCGGCCGUCUGGACUCGGACAUUCGUCCAGCCUCGUCCCAGUUAUCCGAAACUGGCGAAAGAAAAGGCCCAACGCCCGGAAGGCCGGAGGCUGCGGAUGUGUCGGACGCUUGCGUCAUAAACGGUCCGGGUGGACAUGUGGCCGGUCAACAAGUCUCGGGCCCGUGUAGCCCGGCCCAAGAGAGGCAAGAGUAA